UUGUCCCCUUCGCUUUGCCGUCCCUUCCUCUCCCCACCACUACGCCCCUUCUGGCCUCAGCCAAUCAGCACGCACGCCGGGACGCGCAGGGUGAACGUCCUGUGACGUCCUCGCUACGUACGCUUUAUCAGUCGUCUUCCCGCGCAGCUCCGUCUCUGUUUUCUCUGCUCUUCCGACAUCUCUCUGUGUUCGGCUUUUUUACGUUUUAAUUUCCAGGACUUGAACUCGCUGCCAUGUCCUCUGAAGAAGGAAAGCUUUUCGUAGGGGGGCUCAACUUCAACACCGAUGAGCAGGCACUGGAAGACCACUUUAGCACUUUCGGGCCUAUCUCUGAGGUGGUCGUUGUCAAGGACCGGGAGACUCAGCGGUCCAGGGGUUUUGGUUUCAUCACCUUCACCAACCCAGAGCAUGCUUCAGUUGCGAUGAGAGCCAUGAACGGAGAGUCCCUGGAUGGUCGUCAGAUCCGUGUGGAUCACGCAGGCAAGUCUGCUCGGGGAACUAGAGGAGGUGCCUUUGGGGCCCAUGGGCGUGGUCGCAGCUACUCUAGAGGUGGUGGGGACCAGGGCUAUGGGAGUGGCAGGUAUUAUGACAGUCGACCUGGAGGGUAUGGAUAUGGAUAUGGACGUUCCAGUUCCAGAGACUAUAAUGGCAGAAACCAGGGUGGUUAUGACCGCUACUCAGGAGGAAAUUAUAGAGACAAUUAUGACAACUGAAAUGAGACAUGCACAUAAUGUAGAUGCACAAGGAAUAAUUUUUGAUCCAGGAUCGUCCUUCCAAAUGGCUGUAUUUAUAAAGGUUUUUGGAGCUACACUGAAACAUCUUAUUUUACAGUAUAUCAACCUGUUGUUUUUAAAUUGAGCUGUCAAGGUAGCCAAAGACCUUUUAGACACUUCUAUCUUU